CCCACAUCUCCACCCGUCAGUUAUGAAUCGCAACAACAUCCCGACAUCAAUGCUACAACACUAAGCAAAUGCCAGCAACCAGCCUCGAUACGAUCUAAGUGCCUAAUCACUAUGGCCCUCUCUCCAUCAUACCUUCGACUGCCUUGCGAACUCCACCUCCUAAUUGCAGACGCCCUCCCCCUUACAUCCCGCUGCCUCCUACGUAAAACAUGCAGACACAUGCGCUCCGUAAUCCCGGAUCCAAUCCUCAGUACCCGCUUGAAUAUCCUCCCUCUCAUAUACACCGGACCCUUCCUACAGCCCACACAGUUUGCCCUAGAGCACAAUAUCCUAGCAUGCACGUCCUGCGAGCGCAUUCGCGGUCUGGAUCGCUUUCCCUGCUCCGUGAAAUUGGGCAAGGAGUUUCCACGUACGGGAGAGGGAAAGAUUGAUGGGGCUGUGCUGGAUAAGUGUUGGACGAGCAAGAAGUGUGUGGAUUGUAUGGUUGUUUCGGAGAAGGUGUCUCGGAAUAUGAGGGGAAGAUGGGUGUGGUUGGGGUUGGAAAAGCAUGUGUUUUGUCAUGAGUGUGGAGAGUUGGGGAUUCUUGAUCCUGGGGAGGGUGUGGAGACUUGGGGGUUCUGUGGGCAGAGGGAUUUGAGGUGUUGGGAGUGUUCGAGUCGUGGACCAGACAUGGCAGAGUGAAAUUUUUGUCGGGGCAGGGUGGAUCUGUUGAACUGGCAUUGGUACGGUAAAGGAGUGAAAUUUAUGCUAGUUGGACGAUCAGUGAGUAUGAUCUGGCUGUUGUCUCGAUCGUAAGCUCUCGUUCGC